AUGGACGAAGUUGGUUUACAGCAAGAGUGGCCUCAACGACUGCUUUACGUUCCCAGCAUGAUAUCUCUCGAGCGCGAAGAAGGAAACAAAUAUGGUCAGUACAUUGAACCAGCCUACAGCAUCCUUUCGUAUACCUGGGGCCGGUGGGAGCUACCGGAAGGAAAUGCAGCCCUAAAGGUGGGGGGUAUCAACUGGAGAGUGCCCACUAUCGACGAAAGGCAUUUCUCUGUAGCACAAUUAGAGAAGGCUAUCUGGCGGAUCAGCUCCGGUCGCGAUUCCGAGAACUCUUCUCAACUCAUCCAUUUCGUUUGGAUCGACAUCGCAUGCAUAGACCAAGAGAAUGAAGCUCUCAAAGCGACUGAGAUAGGUAGACAAGCAGCCAUCUUUAAGAAUGCGACUCACGCGUACAUUUGGCUGAGUCAUUUAGAUGACAAUGAGAUGCAACAAUGUGAUACUACCUUGUUCGAUACUAACAUGAUUUUAUCACCCCAUUUCGAAGGAAAUGGUACUGAACCAGAGGACCUUGAAUCAUGGAAUGCUUCUUUCAGAGAAGUAUCCGAAACCCUAUACCGAGACCCCUGGUUCACGUCUUUGUGGACAUUACAAGAGAUGUUCUUGAGACCAGACGCAGAGAUACUAACGCAAGAUGCCAAUCUCAUCGAACGAAAAGGUGGGAAUGGAAGCACGUUGGGCUUGAGCAAUCUAAUCAUCAACUAUACUACUGUCUACAAAGCCCUCUGUGAUUCGUCAUCUAGCAAUGAGCUGUCUUCACCAAAGGAGAACAGUGAACUUCUGGAGUUGGUGGAGAAGCUAGGGCUAUAUUGGGGUCAAUGGGAGAAUCCAAUGCUGCUACUCAUUGCGGCUCGAUAUAGGCAGACUAGGAAUCCAAAAGACCGAAUCUAUGGCAUAAUGCAAGUCUACGAUCUCAAGCUUGGCGUAUCGAGUCAGCCCGACAGGGACUUUACUGUAGAAGACUUGCAGUUCCAGCUCGCUUCUGCUCACAAUGCGCAGUCGGCGAUUAACGCACAGAUGUUUAUCCACACGCAGGCUGUCCAACUGGGUCGUUGCUGGCGCAUGCAGUCAGAGUCUCGGAUUCCUCAUGAUCUCGAGUUCACUGAGCUUGGGCGGAAGAGCUUGUGUAAAAUUUCGAUUGAAGAGACUCGGUUGCCAAUCUACCAAGGCAAAGCUUGUUCGCUGAGCACUUUAUCUGAGCUAUGGCAAAGCGGGUCUUCAGGCUCAGACGUUGCCUCGAGGCAUUCCGAGGACAAAUAUUCUGAGGAAAUGCUGCAAGAUGUUCUUCUCGAUCUACCUGAGCGCGUUGAGCUCGAGGCAUGGGCUGGGCUAAACAAUCAUUCUAUGGAGCUGUCUCGGAAAACCGAGCUUGUAAGGCUGCUUGUGAUGUCUGCGAGCCAUAACAUUCAAGUGCUGCUGCUAGGAAAAUUGAUUGACGGGAUAGAUGAAGAUAUCGACAUGCUUGCCGGUUUGAUGGUACGUCGGCGAUUCUUGGGCACCGUCGAAUGCUGGCAAAGGAUAGGCAUAUGUCUCUGGGCAGAGCAAAGCGAAUUGAGCCAAGAGGAGGUAGUGCCUCAUUGGCGUCCUUUCAUGGGCCACCUUGGCUAG